AUGAUUCUUUCGAGAAUUUCGAUUCUCGUACGGAACUCCCAUUCCGUUGCCAUCAGCGGUUUUGAAAAAUGGGAACCCAGACAGAGACCUUAUAUUUACGGUGGAGGGCUAACUGGCAAAUAUCUUUUACUACAAUUUCAUUUCCACUGGACAUCUGAUCAUUUAUAUGGAAGUGAGCACACAAUAAAUAAUCUUCAUUAUCCCGUUGAAGUCCAUUUAGUACAUGUCAAGGAAGAAUAUAAUACAUUAACAGAAGCUUUGGAACAGCCAGACGGACUUGCAGUUGUCGGAAUAUUUAUGUAUAUAGGGAAUGAUGGAAGUUCAAUGGCAAAUUUAGAAACAGGAUUGAAAAGGGUGGUUGAACAAGGCAAGGAAGAAACGAAAAUUUUCAAAAAUAGGGAAAAAUAUUUACAGACUCGGCAACACUAA